AUGCAGGUUUCUAUCCACGACUUCUUCCGUAUCAUCACGAAAGUACUUUCCAUUGUCUUUUCUGCUUCAGCUUUCAUAGCUUUAGCUGCUGCUUCUUCCUCUACUUCUCUUUCCCCCUCUCCUCCCCCUCCUGCCGUAAAUGUUACUCAAAUUGCUUCGGGUUUGCCGUCAUGUGCGGUCACGGUGAUUUUUGGAUUUGCUCUUGAAUGGACAGGAGCCAACAAUGGAUUCGGAAAGCACUACUGGAAUGUCGACCCCGCCAAGGCUUCUGAGCUCCUCAAACUCUUCUACCCCCUCUUGAUCAUCUAUACCCUAAUUCAAGUCACUGGGAAGAUCGCUAUUCUCCUGUUUUACCGCCGCGUCUUCCGUCCCUCACGAUUCCGCCACGCUUGCGAUAUCUUUAUUACUUUUAUCGUUAUUCAGGCCCUUGCUUUUAUCCUCGUCCUUAUUUUUCAAUGUCAUCCGGUUUAUGAUGCCUGGGAUAAAUCCGUCGAUGGGAAAUGUCUCAAUUAA